AUGCCCUGGAUACCCCGCGACGCCCGGCGGCGCGGCGCGUCUCUGCACGAGGCGCUGCGGCCCAUGCUGGUGGCUGCGCAGGUGUUCGCCCUGAUGCCGGUGGAGGGACUGCGCCAGGCCUCGCCGGCCUCUCUCAGGUACUUGCAGCGGCCAACGGAGCACAUCCUGGCCAGGCUGUUCAACGUCGUCCACGCCUACGAGUGUUCCCCAGGCGGGCUGUCGUGGCUGCAGCUGUACCUGGCCAACGAGUUCCCCUCGGCCUACCACUACAUCGGCUUCAGCUACUGGACCUCCGCUUGGCUCGCCACCAUAAACACCGCGGCCACCUUCAGUUGGAACUACAUGGACCUCUUCCUCAUACUGAUUAGCCUCGCACUUGCCGAUCGCUUUGAACAUUUUAAUCAAGAUAUUGCUCGUGUAUUUGACAGGGCUGUGCCACAGAAAAUUUGGCAGCGCAUCCGUGAGAAUUACUGCAGCCUGGCACACCUCGCCCACGCCACGAAUGCGCGUAUCAACAAAAUUGUUCUGCUGUCAUUCACAACUAAUCUCUACUUCAUUUGCUAUCAGCUCCUCAACAUGGUAAUACCGGUUAUGCUGCCCUCCAUCUACUCGCCGUACUGCUAUCCUGAAUCCAGCUCCUUUCAUUUCAGUUUGAAUCCGAGUAUGCUGGAGAUGGUGUAUCGAUGUUGGUCAUUCGCCUACCUCGUUGCCAGAACUUGUGCAGUCUCGCUGUCUGCUGCAAGAGUAUAUGAGAAGAGCCAUGAGCCUAAAAGACUUCUUUUCCUAGUGCAUCCAAAGAGCUAUGGAGUAGAGGUACAGAGACUACUUGACCAAAUCAAUUCAGAUGAGAUUGCACUUACUGGGUUUAAUUUUUUCAGUAUAACAAGAACAUUUAUGUUGACGGUUGCUGGGACAAUUGUUACAUACGAGAUUGUUCUAGUCCAGUUCAACAACGUUUCAAAUGCGCAAGAAAGCAACAUGGCGAACAAGACCUUCUGCAGUUUUGAAUAUUAUUGA